GAGGGAGGGUGGUGUCGUGAAAUAUACGGUGAGAGUUGAAAGCGAAACUGCUCAUUUUCGAAAAAUGAAGUUGGCGUUUCGAAACGCCUUCUUCUCUCUCUCUCAUUCCUUAAUCCCUAACACUAGCCAUAACUUACAAAUUCCUCUUCUCAGUAUCAGUGCCAUUAGAGCUUCUCCAUCAUUUCCUUUGCCUUCUUCUGUCCUAAGAAACGAGAGGGUUUGGUUGUUUUGUGCAGCUUCUGAUUCUUCUUCCUCUAUGGCGUCUGUUCCUAAUUCCGCGUCUCUGUCUUCUUCAGUGGAGAAACAAUUUGAGGAGUUCCGUCUUCAGCUUGAAGCAUCUGGAAGCUUACGCGAACGGAUUCGAGCCGUUUCCAUGGAGAUAGAGUCUGUCACCAGGCUCAUGCAUUCGAGUAUCCUCUUCGUCCAUCAAUCUCGUCCCGUUCCAGAGGUUUUAGAGAAAGCCAAAGUUCAGAUUGGUGCAUUGAAGGAGCUUUUCCAUCGGAUUGCUGAAAUUAUUCGUGAAUGCCCUAGCCAGUAUUACAGGUAUCAUGGAGAUUGGAGGACUGAGACACAGACAGUGGUUUCGCUGCUUGCGUUUAUGCAUUGGUUGGAAACGGGGAAUCUUCUUAUGCAUAAAGAAGCUGAGGAGAAACUUGGGUGUAUGUUAAAAAAUGUUGCUAAUCCACAUCUGAAUUCUUCGGACUUUGGUCUUGACGUUGAAGAUUAUCUUAUUGGAAUAUGUUUCAUGUCAAAUGAAUUGCCCCGAUAUGUGGUGAACCAAGUGACAGCCGGAGACUAUGAUUGCCCCAGAAACGUUGUGAAGUUUUUAACAGAUCUCCAUGCUGCCUUCCGAAUGCUUAAUCUCCGCAAUGAUUUCCUGCGAAAGAAGUUCGACGGAAUGAAAUAUGAUUUGAGAAGAGUUGAAGAAGUUUACUACGAUGUUAAGAUCCGAGGCCUGACAACCACUGAAAAUACCAUGGAUGACAAUGGAGCACAAGAAUAAGCUCUUGAUGUAUGUUGAAUCAGCAAUUUUGUUUUGCUUGAUCUAUGAAUUUCAUCAGAAUUUAGAUGCCAAAUACCUAAAAGUUAUAAGAGGAUUAGAUUAAACUGCCAAGGAUAGUUACCUUGCAGUUGCAAGUCAAAAUUGAGGCGCACCAAGUAUUAAGUAUAUACGCUUGCAGCUUGCUACUAAAAUGGCAGGAAAAGAAAGAAUCUUGGGCCCUUACUGUAGAUGCAGAUGGGCCGUCAGCUAGCCCUGGAUGCUGGAUAUAUGCCAUAUCAGAGAACUUUAUUUUUGGUAAUAAGUCUUGUUUUCAUUAUUUUGAAGUUUUCUUUCAAGUCAUAGACCACUUUUUUGGAUCCAGAAUUAAUUAAGUACCAAGAGCACGUGGUCAAAACCAUUGCUUCUAA